UUUCGCAAACCGGCUCACGUUACCGUACUAAUCGUUCGUGCAACGUCGUGCCACGGAGAGCGAAUUUGCGCAGAAAACGGAGGAAAUCAGUCGCGUGGCUCGUACACGGCGUAUAAAACGCGACUGAGAACGUUCUGGAAUACUAUAUUUCGCACGAUAGCUGAAGAUGUACAUAUAGACGAGCGCUACGACGUCCGAUCGAUUCGCACUGCUUGCUAGCUGCGACGUAAUUUCACGUACUGCCAGUUCGAUAAACGACAGAAUUAACUCGAUCUAUGAUUAUAUAAUACGGUUAGACAGUACAGUCGAGACGUCUAACACAGGCAGAGGCACAAUAAAUUGAAAUUCUCACUCACCCUCCCUGCGACAAUGGGUGUUGUUGUUGUACCUUCCACUUGGAACGCGCGAACUGUUUUAUAUACGGGCGAUUCCAACUUCCUCGUGGAAUACGUGUUAUUAAUUCGUGUAUCUAAACGAUCUCUCACGCAGCUCAAGCACUAACCGUCCUCACUGGCGCACCUCGCCGAACCUUCUUCGCGGAAUGCGAGCUGGAACGUCGGUAGUGCGGGAUUAAACACGUCACGGUACAACGCGGUUUGAACGUUCCUUUCGAUUGGCCGGCGGAUAUUCGGGCACGUCACUUUGAACCAAUCGGAGCGUCGAUGUGCAAACCGGUAACCAAUCGUUGCAAAAGAACGCUGCAAUGGGGAAAAGUUUGACACGUCAGACGGAGACCCGAUAUGGGAGUUCGUUCCAGUCGAUAAUCGUACUUUUCCACUUUUCGACUCUCGCAACUCGUUCCGCGAGCGAAAUUCUGCCAGAUUCGUAUCUUAUAACGAUGUUGAGAAAAUUUCUGAUGGGAUGGAAGAUGACAUUAUUGCAUACUGCUAGCUGAACAAAAAGUUACCAAGUACUUGCGUCGUUCUUCUAGUGACAUGUAAUGUUGGAACAGUCAGAUGACGUAAAAAUGUAGUCUCAUUGCGAGGACAUCGGAACAAUAAUCACGUUACGUGACGAUAUAUCUGUUACAUAAAAAUGCAAUGCAUCGUGUUUCUCCUUUUUUUCUUUCUUUGUGCGCGGCACACGAUUUAUUUUGGAAUACGCUGCAUUAAUGCAACAACUUUAUCGUUGGAGUGAAUCAAUUCCUCCGCGAAGAGCGCAACGUGUUACUAGAUGGAGUUGAUGGCAUGCGUUACGUAUACACGUGACUGUCGUGGUAUGAUGUUUGGAACUACGCAACAUUUUCAUUCGUGACUAUCAUCACUUUGUUUAUUAAUAGUAUUUAUUUAUUUUCUAUAUUACGUUGGGUUUAAAGGAAUGUAUAAAAUUGAAAAAAAAAAAAACAAUUUAACAUAUCGUACAUAUAAUCAUACAAUUGAUAUAAUCAUACAACAUGAGAUAAAAGAUGCAAAUAUUAUUUAUUGCGAUUAAUUACACUUAAAUAACGAAGCAAUUAUGUCAGUGUUAAAUGUAUAGAAGAUUCUGAAUAUGUGUUUUAAAUACAUUCGGUAUUACAUAAUUUCGUAAUUAAUUAGAAAAUUAAUAUAAUUACGAUGCGACUUCUUGGAAACUUGUGACAGAGAUUAUUUAAAAUUUUGCACUUUGGAACGCCUGCGCUAAAUAUAUAUCGAAAUACUUGGAAUCGAAACAAUGAACUAUUCUAUCGACCAAACAUUCAUCGUUGCUCCUGCAAUGGACCUAUCAAAUCCAACCAAAAUUACAAUGAAAACAUCAAAUACAAUAUUCUCACGACAGUAAAGGAAAAUGUUGAAUACAAGAUAUUUAAUCAAUUAACUCCGAGCGAUCUUACAUCUGUGAAACACAAACAUAACUCGCAAUGCACAAGUCAGAUUCCGCGGAUUUCACGAACUACGUAAAGUUGCUAUUAGAACUAAUGACAAGAAAUUCUCUGGAAGAAUCGGCAAACUAUGAAACCGAGGACGACUACAUUAUCAGCUCGGAUGAAUCAGAUGUCGAAGAUAACGGCGAAACUUAUUCCGACACUGACGAAGGCGAACAGAAUUUUGGAAACGGGCGGCACUGCGACACGAUUUUUCGCUUAAACAAAUUCUACGACGAUCACGUGGGAAACACGCGAAAACACUUGAAGCCAGAUGCGCGCAACGAUGUCUGGAGUGAUUUCGAGUUCGAGGAGAAGAUGUACAGAGUGAUCCCUCUAAAAUUGGAUGGGAAAAUAUUCGAAUCGAAACGUUCAACUCUGACCAAUGAAAAUCCACUUAAACGAAAGAGUAAAUAAUUGAAAAGAAGAAGAACGGUACAUAUUGCCGUGACAUAAACGCGAAAAUGACGAUGAAAAGAUAUUCAAUGGAACUUUGAUUAAUAAAAAUCCGGAACGAAAGGAUAAAUAACAAGAACGCGGCGUCUUGUAAUAUAUUUUAUUUAAUAAAAAAAAAAAACAACUGCUUGUUAAAGUUUUUACAAGUACAAGUGGAAAACAGGUUGGUAGGCAUGGUUCAAUGUACAUUCGCGAUCAGUUCUUGGUAUCGUUCGUUUCAUCUCUUUCUUCUCUUUCUUUCUUUCUUUCUUUCUUUUUUUUUGAUUGUUUCGUUUCCUCGUUUAGUUUACACGAGUUCGCCUACAUGCAACGCAUUUUUAUAUAUUACAGCGAGCGUGUGAUACACAUACAUAUAUUUAUAGUA